AUGAGCCGGUGGCGUCGUUCGGUAGACGAGUUGGCGGUGCGGCGGCGGCAGCAGGGCGAGUGUGAACGCGCUCUCGAGGCCCUCGGUCGGGUCACCUCGUGUUUCCAGCAGCUGGCGGCGUCACUCGGCAGCUCGGCGGACGGCAGCUUCCUGCGAGACGAGAUGGACGACACAAGAGCACUCGCACACCGUAUCUGCACCGGUCUGUCCCGCCGUCUCAUGCAUCUGCAGUCAGACUGUGACUGGGCCCCCUCAGGUGUGGAGGACAGACAGGCCUCAGAGCGUCUGUGGGUUCUCUUCCUGUCGGCUGUAGAGAAUUUCCUGUUCGACCUCUGUAAGGCCUGCGAUCUGAUUGGACAGUUUCCUCUGACCCAGCGCAACAGCAGGCGCUCGUUAGUCAAUACAGGAUGUAUUGAUGGCGUGGUGGGCCUGGCAGCUCGAGUGGCUUUAAUCCAGGUGCCAUGGCUCACCUUGGAGGAGCAGCCGAACCCUGAUCUGACCUCUCACAUCGCAGCACUGGAGGCAAUGCUGAGUGAGAUGCAGAUGAGGGUUCCUGUUGCAUUCUGGUCGGUAGAGGCGACCCAGCCAGCAUGGGCCGAAGCUUGCGGUGACCUGGAACAACCGGAUGAUACCCUGGAGGACCUGAUGGAGGUUGAAGUCGUCUCUAACAACAAGAUGAUCUGCUGCCAGCCACCAUGCUGUGGACUGGGCUGUGUCGGGUAGAGGAAGCGAGGCCCCAACUGACAUCACCUGGAUUAAUCAUACCUGACAACAUGACAGGAUCCUCAUAUCUGUGUAUGAAUCAUUCACGUUAUACAAAUAAACGUCAUUGUUCAUUAUUUUACUACUAACACUGUUGGAGUACAAAUGUUUCUAGAGAUUUUUAGAAUCCAUAAGAAGAGAAGUCAAAAUAUUUUUUGAGUUAAAUGUAACAAAUAUGAGAAUAAACUCCUGGUCCCCGCAUGGGACAAACUGGACAUGGAUAUGAUCAGAACAUCUUUAUGGACUGACCUCAUCCUCUUCUUUAAGGAGGGAUGGCCCUGAACUGCCUCACUCAGGUCCGACAGCAGAGUCGGGAGAACCGGCACAAAGCAGCUCAGGGGGAGGAAGAUAAAGUGGAGAUGUUGAACAAUGAAACUAGUUAUUGAUAUAUAUCUGUGUGUUGCUAUGUGUAUAUCAUAUGUUUUUGUGUACUGGCUGUGAACAAAGGUCCCUCUGGGACAA